AUGAAAAGGUCCAGGAUAAGACAGCACUCCCCCAUCUACCUGAGUCCUUCACCUUCACCCGAGAGGGAACUGUCACCACCCAGUCCGGCUUCAGCUGUCCUGGACUGGGAAUACACCACGAUCAUGUCGAGGUCGAGACCCACCAGCGGGGCCUUGAUGCCCGGCGCCGUCAUCUUAACACCACCCACUCUCUCGGAGAUUCUCUCGAACACCUCUAUGCCGCCAUGGACACUAGCAGCAUUCAUGGCAUACCUCUCUCAGAACCACUGUCUGGAGACCCUAGAAUUCACUAUGGACGCCGACAGAUAUCGCAAGGCAUACGAGCAGAUCAUCACCAACCAGGAAUGGAUCGGCGAUGGUAAAGAGCAUGUCUGCUCAUUGUGGGAGAAGCUCAUGCAAGCAUACAUCAUUCCAUACGCGCCGCGCGAGGUUAAUCUUCCUUCGCCCGUGCGGAAUCAUCUUACGAACCUGGACUGCUCCUCCGCCCCACCUCCUCCAAGUGAACUCGACGACGCCGUCAGAAUCGUCUACGAGCUCAUGAACGAUUCUGUACUUGUUCCCUUCAUCGAGUCGGUCCAACCGGGCCAUGGCGAUUGCCGUACGGCGGAGGACGAAGGCCGACCUGGUCGCCUGCGCCUUCGGGCCGAGGGUGCUGGGGCUAGGUCAGAAGAGCCCGUGAAGUCUCCCAAGUUCCUACCCCAGCUGACUUUGGGUCGCAGUGGUGCCACAAGUCGAUCGGCUUCUGCGUCUGGCGAACACGCUGAACGCGAGGGAUUGACAGAUGAUAGUGGAAGCGCUGUUUCUCCUGGCACAGAGCCAAUGACUCCUCCCACUACUCCGCCAACUUCAGACUGGACAUUCACGACAUCAUCUUCUCACCUCCCUCUGGACGGCUUCUCACGUGUCCGUCACCUUUUCAACCCGUGGGAGGAGCCUCAUCCAGGCAAACGACUACCUCUCGCGGCGUCAGAGGCCGGCAGUGAAAUUAAGAAGGUUGCUUUUGCUGGUCCACAACACAUCAAUAAUGGUGGAUGCAAAGGUGGCAUGGCCGCAAAGGAAUUCAGCGCUUACCACAACCCACGGCCCUGGAUGGUACGACGCCCUAUUCGAGUUCGGUCGCGAACCAACACUCCCGCUCCCUUGAGGAUCACCACGGAGAUAUCCGAAGACGCCAAGUUGAAGCCCAUUUCUGUUCAAAACAUGGGAAUCACUCCUCCUGCGGCACCCACUCUGGCCAUGCCUCCUGCUGUGCCAGAAGAUUCUGGCGAACCGACAGGCAGAGGUGUUUGCGACGAGCUCACUACCAAGGAAGUCGAUGCAAGCCAGCUGCCUCUACCCGUAUCUCCGCCAAUCGAUUGUCGGUUCACGGACUUUUCGAACCUGCUGGACAUCAACGUUCAUCCUCCACCAGAGGAUGAGGCCGUUGCAAUGGCUCACGACGAGCCUGUAUCGUAUUGCCAUGCCGCACCCGACGAGGAUCUCUAUGGGUGGGAUGCUGAGCUUGAGCGCCAAAGCCAGCAAAGCAGCCCGAUUUUACCGUGCUCUUGCGACGAUGAUUACCAAUACCGACGGACGAGCAUGACGAAGCGUAGCCUCUUGCACCGAGUCUUCAGCAUGGCAGGUUCACCCAAAGAUAUCAACAUUGAGGUGCGCAGAGCUAGCAGCACCUCCAGCUAG